GAGCCGGGGAGAGAACUCAGGAGUCCGGGCUCUUCCCCGGGCAGCAGGCGGAGGGAGGCAGCCCAGGAGCGGGAACGAUGAGGCAGGGAAGAUUUCCAGGGGACUGGGUUGCCCGGCGCACUGCAUCCUGUCCCCGCUGAGCAGCUGCUGGCAGCGGGCCGGAUUCCCCGUCCCUGCCGUGAUCGCCGAGAUGCAGGCAGAGGAAGAGCCAUGUGUCCCGGAUCUCCAGGGUGAUGAGGAACAGGAGAGCCUGAAAGGUGCCCGCAAAGGUGGCAGGAUGGAUGAGCAGUGUUCCCAGCAGCACGGGCCUGUGGGAGCAGAUCCAGAUGGGGCAUCACCUGAUGAGGAUGCUUCCAUGGGAGAAGAUCCACAUGGGAUGCUGCCUGGUGGGAAUGAGUCCAUAGAAGAGGACCCAGAUGGGCCAUUGUCCGAUGAGACUUUAUCCCAGGUUCCAGCCCUGCGGCAAACCUCUGAGCACUCUCCUGGCUCACAAACCCCUUCAGCCCUGGAAUCUCAGUGGGAAAAGCCCCCAUUGGCACCCACCCAGCCCAGCCCAGCCCCCAAGAAACCCCCUUCCCGUGAGGCACAUCCCACCAUCUGCAGCGAGUGUGGGAAGAGCUUCACCCGGAGCUCCCUGCUGGCCCAGCACCAGCGGGUGCACACGGGGGAGCGCCCCUACCAGUGCACUGAGUGUGGGAAAAGCUUCAGCCGCAGCUCCACCCUCAUCCAGCACUGGAGGACCCACACGGGGGAGCGGCCCAAUACGUGCACCGAGUGCGGGAAGGGAUUCAGCCAGCGCUCCGACCUGGUGAAGCACCUGCGCACCCACACCGGGGAGCGCCCCUACCAGUGCCCCGACUGCGGUCAGAGCUUCAGCCGCAGCUCGGACCUCAUCAAGCACCAGCGCAUCCACACCGGGGAGCGGCCCUACAUCUGCCCUGACUGCGGGAAGGGCUUCAGCCGCAGCUCCGACCUCUUCCAGCACCAGCGCACCCAGCGCGGCGAGAAACCUUACAAGUGCACCGAGUGCGGGAAGAAGUUCAGCCGCAGCUCCAACCUCAUCCGCCACCAGCGCACCCACACGGGCGAGAGGCCCUACGUCUGCCCCGACUGCGGGCGCGGCUUCUCCCAGAACUCCCACUACACGGACCACCAGCGGAGCCACCGCCAUGAGAAACCCUACCACUGCACCCAGUGUGGCAAGGACUUCGGGCGCAGCUCCACCCUGGUCAAGCACUGGCGCACACACACCAGGGAGAUCCUGUGAGCCUGGGGCAGACUUUCAACUCUCCAGUUGUGGACCAGGAAUCCCAAUGUGGCCUCCUGGGGAACUUGACUUAGUGUCGCCCCCAGGGUCAGCUUGGGUUGGUGAUGCCACUAGUCACUGCUGGUCCCUUGGAGGAUUUGAUACAGUGUAUUAUCCAGGGUCAGCCUGAUUAACAGUGUUACCAGUAGAGUCAAUGCUCUUCUCCUGGAGGAUUUGAAACAAUGUCUCCAGCAGGGUCCAUCUGAUACAAUGUUUCCAGUGGGGUCUCACACACACACACACACACCCCCUUAACCUGGCAUAUUUGAUACAAUGUUUCCACCAGGGUCAUUUCUCCUUUCCUUAAAUAAUUUGAUUCAAUGUUUCCAAGAGAGUCAAUUCUUCCCUGGAGGGUAGGCCAGGGUCGUUUGAUGCAAUGUCUCCACUGAGAUCCAUUCUCUUUCCUUGGGUGCAUUGAUACAAUG